AACACUUGCAACUAUCACGGAGACCAUCAGGUUCUCAAGCCAGUCGAAUUAAGAACUGCAAUCACAGACAAAGGGUCCCGAUCCUCGUCAGCCGACGAACAAAUGCGACCCUCAAUCCUCUCAUCCUUUCUCCGAAGGCACGGUUUACCCAUCAAACUGCGUCCACAGCGCCCACGCUAUACCUCCCAUCUCCAUGACGCCAACUCAAAGCCUACCGCGACCCAGCCCUUUCAGGUGGAAACCUACCUCGAAUCGUCCCGCCAAAAAUUCACCUCCCAACCGCCCACCAUCAUCCCAGACAUCCUCUCGUCGACCCACUCUCACCUCCUGACCCUCUCCCUGGCAGACCACGUCCCUUCCAUGUUUCCCCCGGACCAUCAGCUACUACUGUCCAAGAGAUCCCUCCUCCCUUCUAUUCACCACUCCUUACCCCCACCGGAUGAAAAAGACCUUGUCCUCCCACAGGGCCACCACCUCGUCUACUUCCCCCUGCAGCUGCCGCCCUCGCAGCUCAUGCCCGACGGGACCGACCCGGCCCACUGGCCCGGCCCGCCCUUUGUGCGCCGCAUGUGGGCGGGCGGGCGCGUCGUGUUUCGCGAGGGAUGGCGGGAGCUGAUGAGGAUGGAUGGCCGGAGGGUGGUUUGUAUUGAGCGGGUCGUGCCUGAUGCCGUGGAGGUGAGGACGAUGAAGAGCGCGGGGGUUGAUAGGGAGGAGAAGGAGGAGGAGGAGGAGGAAGGGAUGGAGAGGGUUUUUGUGGACGUGCAGAGGCUCUAUGGUGCUGUCCCGGUCGGAAAAGGGGUAGUAACGGAUGAGGAGGUCGGGAGGGGCUUGUUGGAUGGGAAGGGGGUGGCUGUUGAGGAGGCGAGAAGGUUGGUGUUUAUGAGGGAGCGGAGGGGGCUUGUGAAGGGGAUUAGUGCGCGGAAGGUUAUCAAAGCCACCGCCGUCCCGGAGUUCACUUUCCCCCUCAAACCCGAUAAUACCUUGCUCUUUCACUUCAGUGCCCUCACCUACAAUGCCCACGCCAUCCACAUCGACCCGUACUAUGCCCGCUACCGUGAAGGCUACCCCGGACUGCUCGUCCACGGCCCGCUGACGCUGGUGCUCAUGCUCUCGGCCUUGCGGGCGGCGUUGGUGCGGCUGCAGUCGCAGGCCUGGCCAACCACUAGCACGCCAGAACAGUCUGGGUGGAUGCCCUCGGUCAAGUCAAUCACGUACCGUAACCUUGCACCUCUCUUCAGCAAUGAGGACAUGAGGGUGUGCCUGCGCAGGACCAAACCGAAAGGCGACGACCUGAGUUGGCACGUGUGGGUUGAAGGGCCUGAAGGCGGGAUUGCGGUCAAGGGACACGCCGUCAGUACUGGUGUUGUUCGGCCGAGUUGAGACUACGCGAGAAGAUAACCGGUAUUUGUAUAGUUGUGUAUGAAGUAGUAGGCCCGGUUUUGAACUGAAAGAUACCCAAAUAUUGCAGUUAGUCAUGUAUUUUCAGAGGGAAAAUCUGCACGGCAUACUGAACACUGUUCCACACUUUAUACUAGAACUUAGUC